CCUGCACGCAAAGCAGAAAAGCGCUGAAAGUGCGGAGAUGUUCUUUUUAGAUUCCACUUGUCUGCCACCAAGAGGAAGAGCGAGUUGGAGCCCAUUUAGUGACUGAGCAACUGUUUCACUUACUGCCGAGUCCUGGUGUGUCUUUAAACUUUUGAUGAAGAAGAGCCCAUCAGUGCGUCACCAGGACGCACGGUGCGUCACCAUCGGGAUACAGCAGCACUUGGAGUUCCCCACAUGGAUGUAAUAUCUUAAAACUUUGGGGGGUUUUUUUGUUUUUUUUUUAAUCCCUGCAAAGUUAUUUCGACCAAAUGAUAUUGGUGAUUUCUGUUUGGGGGGAAAUGUUCUCGGAUGCCUGACUCUUCGUCUCCCUGGCUCUCUUGGCACUUAUGAGGAUCCUGUGCAGGAUGUUACAGUUCAAGCGGCCCUGGCAUCGUUGGGCCACUGUGCACCUUCAGCAGCAUUUAUUACCACAUUGUUGGGAGGCCAUUCCUGUCUGACGGGGGACAUCCACCAUCCACUAUACCUGACACUGUCACACACACACACACACAAAAAGUGUUUUGGAAAAAAAGUGUUUUUGGUGAACAUUGACAUUGGCUUGACAGGUCUCACCUUUGGGCUACUAUGCAAUUACAACUGAUCUCCUUUGUUUUGAUCAUCUUGCACUGCAUGGAUUACACUGGAUGUCAGCACAGCAGCUCCAGGCACCGGCAACUUAAACAGCUCUCUGGUGUGAGUUCAGGGUGCCAGCAGGUUGGCUGUCUGACCUGCUCUGACUACAAUGGCUGCCUUUCCUGCAAGUCACGCUUCUUCAUACAUUUGAUAAGGAAUGGGAUGAAGCAGAUCGGUGUGUGCUUGACUUCCUGUCCCACUGGCUUUUUCGGCAUACGCUCUCCAGAAAGAAACACCUGCACAAAGUGCAGGCCUGAGUGCGACUCCUGCUUCAACAAGAACUUCUGCCUGCGCUGUCGGACAGGGUUCUACCUUCAUCAGGGAAAGUGCCAGGAAAUCUGCCCUGAAGGGCUAGUCCGCAGUGAUACACAGAGGGAGUGUGUUCCAAAGUGCCCUGCAGAGUGUGAGCUAUGCGUAAACAGCGAGGAGUGUACACGGUGUCGGCAGGGCCUGUACCAGCUCAAUGGGAGAUGUCACCAUGUUUGUCCAGAGGACUAUGAACCCAACGAUAAACUCAUGCAGUGUGUGCCGCAAGUGCACUGCGAAGUGGCUGAGUGGAGCGAGUGGAGUCCCUGCUCUCGGUCCGGUGGAACACGUGGCUUCAGGCGGUGCCAAGAGACCCGCACACGCCAAGUCCAGCAGUACCCGUCCCCUUUUGGGAGACCCUGUCCUGAGAUCUCUGAAACCAAGUGCCUGGUUAAGAGGAGGAAAGCAGGACGAAGGAAGGGUGACCGAAAAGAAAGAAGGAAAAACAACUGCAAAGAGAACCCAGAGGUGAGACGGGAGAAGAACCGAGAGCGGCCCAGGGCUCGAGACACGGGGGGCCGUGAAGAAAGCAGGAACAAAACAGAGCACAGACAUCGCCGGGGUCAUGACCCGGACCCCACCUCCCCUGAAGGCCUUGUGCAGUAGCUCUGUGGACAAGUUUGAAGUCUAAUACCCCAAACUCCAAGCCUUCCUCUUCCUGUUACCCCCACUGUCUGCCCCUCUCAACUCCAGGGGUGUUGCUGCUACCGGUACAAUUUGAAUAAACUGUUGAUGCACAAGUGGGAUAGGCGCACAUGGGGCCUACUGGCUCAGGCCACUAUGGACUUUAAAAGUGUUUUUAUUUUUCUGUGUAGCAACUAUUAACUUCCACCCCUGACUCUUGUGUCUCAUUAAGAAAAAAAAAAAGGCAAGAGACGCUGCUGGUACUAAAGAAGAUGAAGAGUGCAGGAGCAGUAGGCACUCUCUUCAUGUUUGUCGAUAUGGUUAUUUAAUAGAGCUGUGGUACAAAGUUGCGCUCUUGGAUUUUGAAUGUAGAUUUUGCAACAUUAUGUAGAAAAUAUGUUUAUUCUUGGUCAUGAUUUUAGAAGCAUCUAUUUUAUUUUAUUUGGUGCAGAAUUUAUAAGGACAAACAUUUUUUUUUAAAGGGUUUGAUCUUGCCGACCUGUGACAAUUCCACUGUUUGACUGUCGGAUUGAUUGAUGUGUAUCAUGCUUGGUCCAAGAAUCAGCUAAAACCGCAUGCUCUGAUCCAGAAAGGGAGAAUAAAUGUAAUUCACCAAGCACAAUAUUUUUUCUGUUUGUGUAAAUGGAACAUGUUCUCCCAGUAAAAGUGCUCAACAAAGCAUCCAAACAUCUGUAUGUCAAAUAAAACUAUAAUGGAUUUGUA